GCGACCAGGCAGGCGGAAGCUCCGCGUCGCGCUGCGGGCUUUAAACGCAGCGAUCCUCCACUUUCUCCCUCAAUGUAAUUGCGCGCGGGUCGAACAAAAGCGACUAAACGACGUCGGGGGCACCCUCUCUGUAAUGAAUCGGUAGUCGUGGCCUCCGAUACCGAAGCGAAGGCGAAGGAAGGGCUUAGUCACCGACCGGUGCUUGGCGUCGGCCCCGUCCCGCGUUCCUCUCUAGCGGGUGGCGCCGCCAUGCAGCGCUGUUAGCGGACGGAGGAGAAGAACAGAGUGCGCGCUGCGCGUUACCUGCUCUCGCUGUGUGUGGUGCGCCGACAUGGCCUCGUCCGCAUCCUCCUCCGCCACCGGCGGCGCCAUCGCCUCCCUGGGCAGCAAGACAAAAACGAAAAAGAAGCACUUCGUGGCGCAGAAGGUGAAGCUGUUUCGCGCGAGCGAGCCGCUGCUCAGCGUGCUCAUGUGGGGCGUGAACCACUCGAUAAUUGAACUGAGCCACAUCCCGAUCCCAAUAAUGUUGAUGCCCGAUGAUUUCAAAGCCUACUCCAAGAUCAGGGUGGACAACCACCUCUUUAACAAGGAAAACAUGCCAAGCCAUUUCAAAUUCAAGGAGUAUUGUCCACUUGUCUUCCGAAAUCUCAGAGAAAAGUUUGGCAUCGAUGAGCAUGACUUUCAGAAUUCCCUGACCCGCAGUGCACCUAUCCCCAGUGACACGCAGGGCCGCAGCGGGGCGCGCUUCCACACCUCCUACGACAAGCGUUACGUCAUCAAAGCCAUCAGCAGUGAGGAUGUGGCGGAGAUGCACAACAUCCUUAAGAAGUACCACCAGUUUAUUGUGGAGUGCCAUGGCAACACAUUGCUGCCCCAGUUUCUUGGUAUGUACCGCCUCACAGUGGACGGGGAUGAGACCUAUAUGAUCGUCACGCGGAACGUCUUCAGCCACCGACUAGUCGUCUACAAGAAGUAUGAUCUGAAGGGCUCCACAGUAGCCCGAGAAGCAAGCGACAAGGAGAAGGCUAAGGAGCUCCCAACCUAUAAGGACAAUGACUUCAUUAAUGAUGGACAGAAGGUCUAUAUUGAUGAGAACAACAAGAAAGUGUUCCUGGAGAAACUGAAGAGGGAUGUUGAGUUUCUAGCCCAGCUCAAACUGAUGGACUAUAGCCUGCUGGUGGGCAUCCAUGAUGUGGAGCGUGCUGAGCAGGAGGAGGUGGAGAGCGAGGACAAUGAGGGUGAUGAGGAGGGCGAGAGUGACGGUGGCAUUGUUGGCACCCCACCCGACAGUCCCAGCAACACCCUGGACAACAACAAGCCCUUUGGCGCGGGGGAAUUUGACUCUGCCAUAGAUGUGUUUGCCAUCAAGAGCCAUGAAAAUGCACCAAGGAAGGAGGUCUAUUUCAUGGCUAUCAUUGACAUCCUGACACAUUACGAUGCCAAGAAGAAGGCUGCUCAUGCAGCAAAAACGGUGAAACAUGGGGCUGGGGCUGAAAUCUCCACGGUGAACCCCGAGCAAUAUUCCAAGAGGUUCUAUGACUUCAUUGCCACCAUCCUGUCAUAGCCUUGGCAGGGUGAAUAAGGUUGAGGAGAGGAGGAGAGCUUAAGGGAGCUGAAGCCAAGCGAGAGGUUCGAGCAACACGUGUUUACUGCACCAGUGGGGAUUCUCUCACCAGCUUGGGUCACCGUUUGUUUACAUUUGUUCACAUUUACAUUUUGCUUUAGUUUCUUUUUUAAUGGGAUCACAAAGGGUCUCUGUGUUCGUCUUUUUGGUAUUUGGCUUUUCUUGCCUGAAGUAUGUCCUCUUUGCUUGCAUUUGUGAAUUCAGUCUUGCUACUUUUGUUAUGCUUCAACAGUCUGAUGAUGUAAAGUGAAAGGAUUUGGGGGUGGUGAUGGGUACCUGGAAGAGAGAAGGUUUGUGGGGUUUAUAGGACAUACUGGCACUGAAGAGACUAACCUUCACAGUGGACUUAGCAUCUCACUUUUAAUGGAAGGCAUUGGGGCGGUUGCUGUUUCUGGGGGUAGAACUGGAGGGGGCAGGAGACAUCAUUGGGCAACUCCAACCACUUGUUCCCAGCUGGUGGCUCCUCUCCUCAGAUCACCGCCUCUGGACAUAAAGACCCACAACUUUAGUCAGCCUGGAGAUCAUCUUGUCCAUAAGGGCCUCUGCAGUCCACCUGGUUUGUCAGAGAGUUGUUUACUUUGGGCUAGUGUCUACAAGUGGGAAAACCAUUGCCAGCAUAAUGUAAAUCUUUUAUAUGCACCCGGAGGAAUCAAGCUAGAUAAACAGGGAUUUUUCAAUCGGAAUAGCAGUCGUACUCUUGAGGUGUGAGGCUUGUUAUGUUGACCCCAGCUUUCUGUGAGAUGUUGCAAGAUGUGUCGCAGAACUCUGGGCAAAUUGAAUGAACAAAUAGAAACCCCAGCAGACAAAGUUCACUUUCUCUGGCUUUUUUAUUUUUAUUUU